ACUACGAUAACUUUAUCAUCAUCAUUAAUACAACCAACUUCAAUACAUUCACAUACAUUCAUCAAUACAUUCAAUACGCCGGAUUAUUUGUAUAUAAAAGAUUCCUCUUUAUAUUUCAUUCUUUUGCUUGUUUAUAGACUUUUGGAAUCCCUUCUUCUUAUCAAUACCCCAUUACCCUCUCAACAUAUCCAAAAUGGGAUCAACUACUCUCCCCGCCAUGCAAACCUCCCCUAAAUAUAUCUUCUUCACCGAUUUCGAUGGCACAAUCACAACCCGCGAUUCCAACGAUUUCAUGACAGAUAACCUUGGAUUCGGUCAAGAACUACGCAAGCAAGGAAACAAAGAUGUCCUCGAUGGUACAAAGACCUUCCGCGAUUCUUUCCAAUCAAUGAUGGAUAGCAUCAAGACUCCAUAUAGCAAGUGCAUAUCAACUCUUAUCGAAAACAUCAAAUUAGAUCCUGGAUUCAAGGAGUUUUUCGAAUGGGCAAGAGAGAACAAUAUGCCAGUUGUUAUUUUGAGUGGUGGAAUGGAACCAAUUAUUAGAGCAUUAUUGGAACAUCUCUUGGGAAAGAAAGAAGCUGCCGAAAUUCAGAUUGUCAGUAACCAGGUUGAAGUUAGAGAAGGAUUCAAGAGUCUUGAUGAGGAGGGAGGUUGGAAUAUUGUCUACCAUGAUGAAAGUCAUUUCGGACAUGAUAAAUCUAGAGAGAUUAGACCAUACGCCGCACUCCCAGAUGAUCAAAGACCAACCAUGUUUUACGCUGGAGAUGGAGUCUCAGAUCUCUCGGCUGCUAAGGAGACUGAUCUGUUAUUCGCCAAAAAGGGUCAUGAUCUCAUUACCUAUUGUGUAAGAGAAAAGGUUCCAUUCACAAUCUUUGAGGAUUGGACUUCUAUUUUAUCAACCGUAAAGGAUGUCGUUGCUGGUAAAACGACUGUAAAAGAAGUCUACGCUGCUGGUAUUGAGGACUUCGAGAGUGAAAACAAGGCAUAGACUAUGUUGGGCUCAAUGUUUUGUCCAUAGAACAUAGACUGUUCAUUAGAAUUAGAAUUAUAGAGAUGCACGUAAGAAUAUACAAGUUGCUUUCUCUCUUGACACCUUGUCUAGGAUGG